CCCGGGGUUUAGAGUUUUGGCUCCCGGGAAAGGUUCCAUUCCUAGGGGAUAGAGGGCUGAGUUUUGUUCGCUUCCAUCCAUUCUGCAAAGACGCUAAAGGCCCCUCGCCGAGCUCUCCUGUGUCCAGGAACACCUCCGUGGCAAUCAUUUUUUUCCUCGUUUAUUUGUCUUUUGGAGCAGGAGAUCUUUGCCAGAAGUGCUCGAUUCAGCAGUGUCCUGAAGCCUUUUUGAUGCUGUUUCGCUGGGAUGACACCACAUUGAGAGGCUCUACAAACACCAACAAAAAAUAUUUAUUCUUCCUCUCUCUCUGCAAGCACAUUUCCGACUAGUGGCACUUUUUUCUUUUUUUUCUUUUUUUUUUCUUUUUUUUUUUUUUUUAUAUCCAUCAACAACAACGACUAAAGGAAGGCAGUCCAAGAAUCCGCAAGAAGUGUUCUGCAAAUUGUUUGUACCGUGCCAAUCCGGGACAGCUUUGGAGAAGAAGCAAGACUUGAACUAGGUCCUCUCCUACUGAUCCUGGGGAGUUAUCAUCACCAAGACUAAAGAGGGGGAACCCCUCUCACAUCUCUUUUUUGGUGUUCUUUUUUUUUUUUCCUCUCUCUUUUUUUUUAUUAUUAUUAUUAUUAUUUGAACCCCACUUGGCAGGAGCUUAAAUUGUGCCCAAAAUUGUUUUAAUGUUUGGGAUUCAGGAAAAUAUACCAAGAGGUGGGACCACCAUGAAAGAGGAACCGCUGGGAGGUGGGAUGAAUUCAGUCCGGUCAUGGAUGCAUACUGCAGGGGUAGUGGAUGCUAAUACAGCCGCCCAAAGUGGUGUGGGUCUGGCUCGGGCGCACUUCGAGAAGCAGCCGCCCUCCAACCUGAGGAAGUCCAAUUUUUUCCACUUCGUCCUCGCUCUCUAUGACAGGCAGGGCCAGCCGGUGGAGAUUGAGAGGACGGCUUUCGUGGACUUUGUGGAGAAGGAGAAAGAACCAAAUAGCGAAAAAACUAAUAAUGGGAUUCACUACAAACUGCAAUUAUUAUACAGUAAUGGAGUCAGAACAGAACAAGAUCUUUAUGUACGGCUAAUAGACUCCAUGACCAAACAGGCAAUUAUCUACGAGGGUCAAGACAAGAACCCCGAGAUGUGCAGAGUACUGCUCACACACGAGAUCAUGUGCAGUCGAUGCUGUGACAAAAAAAGUUGUGGUAACAGAAACGAAACCCCAUCAGACCCAGUUAUCAUUGACAGAUUCUUCCUAAAGUUUUUCCUCAAGUGUAAUCAAAACUGCCUGAAGAAUGCAGGGAACCCAAGAGAUAUGCGAAGAUUCCAGGUUGUUGUAUCAACAACAGUCAAUGUGGACGGCCAUGUGUUGGCUGUCUCAGACAACAUGUUUGUACACAACAAUUCCAAACACGGAAGGCGGGCACGCCGCCUUGACCCCUCAGAAGGUACGGCUCCAUCUUAUCUGGAAAAUGUAGCUACACCAUGCAUAAAAGCGAUCAGUCCCAGCGAAGGUUGGACCACGGGAGGAGCCACGGUCAUCAUUAUAGGAGAUAACUUCUUUGAUGGGUUACAAGUGGUAUUUGGAACCAUGUUGGUAUGGAGCGAGCUGAUAACCCCACACGCCAUCAGAGUUCAAACCCCACCAAGACACAUUCCUGGAGUGGUCGAAGUGACACUUUCGUACAAAUCAAAACAGUUCUGUAAAGGAGCUCCUGGCCGAUUUGUUUACACCGCCCUGAAUGAACCAACCAUAGACUAUGGAUUUCAGAGAUUACAAAAAGUUAUUCCAAGGCAUCCGGGAGAUCCUGAAAGGUUACCAAAGGAAGUAUUACUGAAGAGAGCAGCGGACCUUGUUGAAGCCUUAUACGGAAUGCCACACAACAACCAGGAGAUAAUCCUGAAGCGAGCAGCUGACAUUGCUGAAGCAUUAUACAGUGUGCCACGCAAUCACAACCAGAUCCCCUCACUUGCCAACACACCAUCUCACAGCGGAAUGAUGGGAGUAAAUUCUUUCAGCAGCCAGCUAGCAGUUAAUGUUUCAGAGACAUCUCAAGCUAAUGACCAAGUAGGCUACAGCCGUAACACAAGCAGUGUAUCGCCACGAGGAUAUGUUCCAAGUAGCACCCCCCAGCAGUCCAACUACAACACAGUCAGCAAUAGCAUGAACGGGUACGGGAAUGCUGGAAUGCCCAACUUAGGAGUCCCUGGGUCACCUGGCUUCCUCAAUGGUUCAUCCGCCAACUCCCCCUAUGGCAUAGUACCAUCAAGUCCUACAAUGGCAGCCUCUUCGGUCACCCUCCCUUCAAACUGUAGCAGUACACACGGCAUUUUCUCAUUCUCACCUGCAAAUGUCAUCUCCGCAGUGAAACAAAAGAGCGCAUUUGCCCCAGUCGUCAGGCCCCAAGCUUCCCCUCCACCAUCCUGCACCAGUGCAAAUGGCAACGGACUUCAAGAAUCUGGAGAGGAAGAUGGUUUGGGAGGGUAUACUGCAUGUGUGGGAGGUGGCAUCUCUAUCGUUUUUCCAUUUGGCGUUUGCUUUGAGAAUGGCACAAAACACCAGAGACUUCAUGAUUCGAAAUCUAUGUCCGGUCUUGUAGUUCCACCAAUGUAAAAAGUCACUUUUGUCUACUUGCUUGUAGCAUCAAACUUCAGAAGAAAGCUUCAGGGGACACAUUUAGUGUAUUAAGGAGUACUGACGGAAACCAGUCUCUUCAGAACAAAAACAAAAAAAAACACCAAGAAGCAAAAUGCUACAAACUCUUUCUUUUCAAAGAUUUUAUUUGGACUAGUAAGAAAUUCGACAUGCAAAUGAGCGACUUUCUCCAUGAACAAUUCCAUUUUGUCGACUGAACAUUUUCUCAUAUUUUUCAAGUUUCUCACUCCUGAAGAAGAUGGGGGAAAAAAAAAAAUCGACGCCUAUUUUGUACAAAGUUUCUGAUUACGUCUUGGCUAUGUCUAGUACUUGCUAUGUGUUGGGACAAAGCGUUGUGGAUGCACCGUUCUGAAUUUAUCAUGAAACACUGAUGAAAAAUGCCUCAGAACAUUUUUCCUUACUCAUUACUAGACUCACAAUGGUUGUGUAUCUCUAUAAUGUGAAAUAUUUUUUUGUGGUGAAAAAGGGGGCCAAGGAGGUUUGAGCCAUCAAACUGGAAAAUAAAUAAAUAUAUGAAUCAUUUAAAUUGGGGAGGGGCGGGGAACUUGGGCGGGAAGAGGGUUUAUCAUUGCUUAACUUCAUCUUAAUGAAAUGGAACUUUGUAACUUAUUGUAGUUAGGAACUGUAACUUUGAUAUUGAAAUCUCUUUGCCUUCAACAAGCACACUGACAGAGGAAAAUGCUACUGUCUGUUGGUUCAAAUAUACUUCCACUGCUAGAGCUUCCUGUAAAGCAAGUGUGACCUGCAACAUUUUUUUCAACUUCUUGCUCGCACUGUAUACUAUUGCAUUCUUAGGCUACUGUGAAGUCUAUGUUUCUUGUACCAGAAAAUUGUCCUUUUGACUUCUAGAUCCUUAUUCCCUAAUGUGUUUUGUAUGUGGUUAUAAAAUUGUAGACUUUUGUGAUUUUGCCAAAGUUGUAGCUAAAUAUUUAUACACUUGUCUUGAAUUUUUUUUUUUUUCGAUCCACUUAAAAUAUUAGAAAGCAUAUUUUAUUCCUUAUUCAGUUUGAUAAGGAAUAAAAUGGUCUACUUAUAUCUCAGACACUUUCUUUCACAUGAACACUUGCAGUCACGAAGGGAAUUUAUUUUGUAACAUAUCAAUUAUAAAUAUUGUAUUUAUCUUUGAAAUUUUGUAUAUUGCUUUCCAUUGUUUUUUUUUUUUGUCCAUGUAUGUAUGUAAGUAUGUAUGUAUUUUUGUUUUGGGUGGGUGUCGACAUGCUGAAAAAAAUCAGCAUUACGCCAAGAAAGGUUGCCUUCAUACUGUAUGUGUUUUUUUUUUUUAAUGAAUUAUGGUGUCUAUACAUUUCAUUUGUACUUCAAAAAUGUGCUAUUGUUUAGACUUUCCGUCCUUUUUUUAUUUUGAGGGAAAAGUCAAAUUCAUUCUUUAUUUUUAUAUUAUUUUUAAGUUAUCUGAACAAAUGAUUUUUGAAUAAAAAGUUGUUUGUUGUAUAGUCAAAAACAAAAUUGUGCCACAAGGCUGUAAUUAAUAUUAGUAGAAAAAUGUGCAUGAUAUCCAGCCACAAAGACAACUGAGUUUGUGGCUGUAUGUUUAUUUUAUUUCUUUAUUUUUUAUUUUUUAUAGAAUGUAAAAGUCAUUUUUGCUGCCACUCAUAUGACUUGCCACAUAGAUAAACUGUGCUUACUGGACAAAUUACAGAGGCCUAAAUUUUGAAUUUAAUUUCUCAUCUGAUAUUUUGAUUAAAAAAUUGCCACAUUAUUUUCUCUGAUGCCUUAAAAUUAUUUUUAUUUAAAACUAAUCUUUCGUGCUAUUGUAUCACAGGAUUACACCACAGUUUCUAAUCAUUCUGGUCAUUAGGGUGAUUUGUGGUGUAAAACUAUAAAUAAAUUUAAAGAAAGCACAAUCCUGGGAUACAACUAUGUCACUCUUUUUUGCAUCUAUCUUCUGCUGCACUCUGCAGUUUCCUAUACCAUGCACUGUUUAAUAGGUUUCAUACAAAUUCAUAAUAAUACACAACUUUUUUAUAUAUUUUAAAGAGAAAUAUUUUGUAGUGAGACCCAGUAGCAAAGUCUUUUUAAAUUGGGAUGACCUCCUUGGUAAAUGUUACUUAUUAGUGCCAAAAUCAUAGUUUCUAGAGGUGAUGGAAAGGUUAUUUUUAUUUUUUUUCUUUGCACUAAAUGCAUUGCUGAACAGCUUUGCAGUACACUUUUGCAAACUGCAGCAGAAUUACAUUUAUAAACAAAAAGGAGAGACAUUUCGGUUCCUUUUAGGUGAAAUGCAUAUUAAAUGUGUUUUAAAAUAGUGAGAGCUAUGUUAUAACAACAUUUUAAAUGCCUUGCACAUUUAUGUUGUGAAAGCCGAAAAAAAAGGCUUCACUAAGUGGGAACACCUAGACACUUUUAAAACAUGAAAAGCCUCAUUUUUAUUUUGUAUAGGAAAGGUUCAUAUAAAGAAAAAGAAAAAAAAAAAAGAGGUCAUGUGUACAUGUUAAAACCAUUUGCAAGUUAUUUCAUAAAUGAAAUCUGUUUGUGUUCUAGAUUAGUUAGUUAAUGCUCACAUUGCUACAUUGUCUCCCGACUGAACGCUUCACUAAAUGGUAGAUUUUACUGUUAAAAACCCUACAAUAAGAUUGUUUUAUCUGUACAUUUUUUCAGAUAUUUAACUGUAUAAAAAUGUUAAUUUUACACAAUAUUUAAUUAAAGUAUUUCUUGUCUGUGAA